UGGGGAACCUCGGCAUUAGUGAAGACCUGCAGGCCAAGCUUCAGGACGUGAUGGUCAUGAGGAGCUUGCUCUCCAUCGGGAAAGUUCUGGGAGAGGGGGAAUUUGGCUCCGUGGUGGAGGGACAUUUAAGACAAAUAGACGGCUCUUCAGAAAAAGUCGCCGUGAAGACAAUGAAAUUGGACAGCUUCUCUCAAAAGGAGAUUGAAGAGUUCCUGAAUGAGGCGGCGUGCAUGAAAGAUUUCAACCACCCGAAUGUCAUCAGACUGCUCGGUGUGUGCUUGGAAGUGGGCUCUGGGAAUUUUCCCAAGCCCAUGGUCAUCCUGCCGUUCAUGAGAUACGGAGACCUACACAGCUUCCUGCUGCGCUCGCGCCUGGGAGAGUGUCCGUUGUUCUUGCCCACUCAGACUCUUCUGAAGUUCAUGGUGGACAUCGCUCUGGGUAUGGAGUAUCUCAGCGGUCGGAACUUUCUGCACCGGGAUCUGGCGGCUCGCAACUGCAUGCUGCGUGACGACAUGACUGUGUGUGUGGCCGACUUCGGCUUAUCGAAGAAGAUCUACAGUGGAGACUAUUACCGGCAGGGCAGGAUCGCCAAAAUGCCCGUGAAGUGGAUCGCAGUGGAGAGUCUGGCCGACAGAGUUUUCACAAUAAAGAGCGACGUGUGGGCAUUUGGAGUCACCAUGUGGGAGAUUGCGACACGAGGCAUGACGCCGUAUCCCGGCAUCCAGAAUCAUGAAAUUUACGACUACUUACUGGAAGGACACAGACUGAAGCAGCCGACAGACUGUUUGGAUGAGCUGUAUGAGAUCAUGUACAGCUGCUGGAGGGCCGACCGGUGGACCGACCCCCUUUAGCAGCUGCGGGAAAUGAUGGAAAAGCUCACAGAGAAACUUCCAGAGUCUUUCAGCAAGGACGACAUCAUCUAUAUCAACACCAGCUUUCCUGAAGAGGACGCCGAAGGAGAAACGCUUCCUGCAGAUCAUCCUCUGUUCAACUCGUCGCCCUCCUGCAGCCACCACACCGCAGAAAACUCGGUCGUCACCGCGGACAUUCACGGCAGCUUGGAGGAGGAGGAGGAAGAGGAGGAGGAGGAGGAGGGCGACGAUCGCUACGUGGUGGUGAUCUCCUCCGAUCCCUCCAUGAGACCCCCUGCUGCGAACACUCCUCUUUUAAUAAGUCGUGCAAACGGAGACAGGGCAACCGAUGCGACGGCGGUGGAUCACAGCUCGAGUGACACCUCACCUGCUGUGAAGAUCCAAACUGAAACAAAAAAUGAAGCGCCUCAUCGCACUGGGAGCACCUUGACUUUUUCCUCAUGUGCACUUUCUGCAGCAGCACCAGCAGUUAAUGCGUCCCAUGGCCAGCCUUUACGUCAGUGUUAGGAUUGUCGUCUUUUUGUGUCAACUUCCGACACACUUUUCAUAAGCUCAAGAUACACUGAACUGUGAAAUUGAUUACUGUAUUGGAUUUUGUGUUGUGAUGUAAAUAUAGAAAUGUACAGAGCGUUUAUAAAGUGAUCUUAUGUAAUGUAUAAAUAUGAGUUUUAAUGUCGUCAUUAAAGUAAGACGCAAUUUGAUCAUUUUA